AGCUGAACGUGUACCUCGAAGGACACACAAAUAAAUCGCUUUCUCUAUGAAAUGAGCUCCUCCACACAGGAUGAGCUGCGUCGCACCCAGCAGUACCUGGUGGAGGUCAUCGACGAGUGUGUGUUUGUGGAGCGACAGCGAGAGUUGAUGGAACGCCGCCUUGCUUCUCAAAUUAGCAACCAAAAAAACGCGCUGAAUGACACCUUUACUGCUCUAGAGUACUUGUGCCGCUACACCUGCCAAAUAGAAUGUGUGGUGCUGCCAAGUCUUCUUGCGUGGUUGCCGACAACGUCUUCAAGUCGGCAGGAUCUUCUUCACGCACGCACGGACGUGGAGGCUCGACUGGAGCAGCUCACGGCAAAGAAUUCGGAGCGGCGUGCGGACGGCAACUCACUUCUUCUACCCCCACUGGCGGACUCUUUAGAAAAAGGAGUAUCGACAGAAGAUGUGGCACCACCACCGCCGCCGCCGUCACCUCUCUUGCCAACUGCGAGCGCAGAAGUUAUGCACCGUCUUCUCCAGCACAAGGUGGUACUCUUCGACGCGCUCACGAAGGCUGCCUCAAAACUAGACAGCAUGCAACUCAACGCCUCCUCCGAAAAUGCCGAACUGCAGGGUCUUCGUGCACGCAUGGAUGAACUGACUCGUCUCGUAGCGGUCGGUGCUACCACGUCAGCACUCGGCCCUCCUGCCGUCGCCCUUGCUGUCUCGCACGACUCUAGCAAAGGUGAAGAAACGAAGCCAUCCGCCGUUCGCUUCGCACAGGCACGAGUAAUCGCCUACGAGAAGACGGUGCAGACCCUCAACAACGAAUUGGCGCUGCUGCACGAAAACUAUGCGGCCCUAUCGCGCGCGAGUGCGACGGAGAUGAACCGGCUGAAACAGCAUAAUUGUGAGGCGCAGCGCAGACAUGACGAUCAGGUGGCCGAGUGCGACGCCGUGUUGGGCCGCCUGUCUCUGGAACUGGAGCAGCUGAUCCAUGAAAACGCGCAACUGAAGCAAAAGCUGCGCACCGUUGUGCAUAUAGGAAGCUGA